AUGCAGCACAUGCUUCUGGGAAAUGUGUUGCGCGAGACGGACACCCACUUGUUGGUGCGCUUUGACAUCCCCUGCCACUGCCUGCCGCCGGGCGUGUGGAGCAGUCGUGCCGGUACGAGCCCCGAGGCGGGAAGGGGCGAGGAAAGAGACGUGGGCGACAAAAACAGCGGGCAAAGCCACGACGACGACGAGGUUGACGGGGUAAAGCUAAAGGGCGGGGAUGAGCGUGUCGUGGACGCGGCGGGGGAUGCAGGCGCCUGCGGCAUGAAUUUCUCCUCACCGCAUGACGAGCCUGAGGCGGGGGGAGGCAGUGGCAGCGGCGGCGGCAGUUCCCUUUCAAGACCCAUCCGCUUUGUCGUGGGCAUCGUCCCCGUCCUGGUGCUCACGCAUGACAACGCCGCGGUGCCGACGCCGCGCCGCAAGGUGCAGGAGGCCCAAGCGACAGACGAGGAGAGCGAGAAGUUGCGGUCCAGCUGCACCACGACGCUGUCUACGGUGCACUUCAGCAACGAAACCGCCCCUGACGUGCUGCACGUGUCCCUCUCCGUGACGCGGAGCGGCUGCACCUCGCUGCUGCAGAGCCUCCUGGAGCAGCACGAGAAACUUGAGUGCGUCAGCAGUGCCGUCGCAAACCGCGAUUUUAAGUCGGCCGCGCGUCACAUUUUGGCGGUGAUCGACGCGCGGCGCAGCCUCGUUGCCGGGCAGAAGGAAUUUUUAAAGGGCGUGAACGACUCCCAGCGGGCAUUCCCCGUCGGGUUGCGGUCCAAUCCUCCGCCACCAGGCAGCGAGGCGGGGCGGCGCAGCGACGACAUCGUCCUGGCAGAGCGGCGGAGACGCUUUGUCAUGGUGUUUCGUCGCGACAGGGGAAACUCCUCGUGUCUUGAGUUUCAUCCACUGCUGUUAAGCACGCGAAAUGAUGAGGAAAACCUCCAGGCCGGCUCCGGCGGCGGUGGUGGAAGUGAUGGUGGCAAAGGAGGCGGCAGUCUUUGUCUGCCGCCAACCGACAUCGUGGAGGUGCACUCCGUUGGCUGUCAUGAACUUCCCACGCUGCAAGUCAUGUGGCACAGGGGCAGGGCACUCAAGGAACUCGCCUCCUUGUAUGCCCUCUUGAGCUUUCUGCGCUUUCAAGACGGUCAGUAUGAGCAGUGCCUUGAGGACGCCGUGACGGCCCUUGCACACGACUGCACAUGUAUAGAGGCCUACACUCGACUGAUGUCUGGCUUCAUUGCCCUCGGUGGGGAACAGGAGGCCAUCGUGGCAGCGGCCGUGGCUGUGAGGUGCUGCCUUGUCCUCAGUCCUCAAUUUGCGCGAGUUUCUCGGUUAGCCUACGUCUGCGCCUUUUACCACCGCAACCUUGGCAAGCACAGCGUUGUGGAUGUUUCUCCACGCCUGCGUCACGCUUCUUUGGCGGAGGUGGGGUCUUUUAGGGAGUCAGCAGGCCCUUCAAAGACGCAACGGCUCACGCGUCGCCCGACGCUUGUGCGCAUGCGAGGUCUGGGUAACUCAUUUACGGCCCCUGCGCCCUUUUCGUUUGUUCCCCCGCCGUCGUUGCGGAACAUUCUCUCAGGCGCGUCACCGCCGAUGGAGUACUUCCUGCGCAACCUGCGUGCGCGCGCUUUGUGUGGAUUUGAGCCGAACGAAACGGUUUUUUCCGAGGUCGUCUCACUGCAGGUGCUACUCUGGGGCCUGCCUACUUGUGAGCCAGAGACUUCAGCGGCGCCCUGCGCCGAGGUGGAGGCGGGCCUCGCCAGUCCAUGGCUGCAGUGCCGCUCUCGCUUUUGUGCCUACUGCGGACACCCGCUUGUGUCGAGGAACGUGCUGCUGGCGGGAGUCCGCGAGCGGACGUCGCAGGCGAUGGCCGACCGAGUUCGCUGGAAGUUCACUGAGAAGAAGCCAUUGCCGUGCUUGGAAGGGUGCGGCGACCACUACUGCAACGAAAUCUGCCGCAACCGCGCGGCGCUGGAGUAUCACUGGAUCGAGUGUGCGAUGCUGCCUGCGGACGCUGCUGCUGCUGCCGCCGCCGCCGCCGCGGAGAAGGAAAAGGAGGGGGAAGAAGAUGCGGUGGAGCCGCCAUCGCCGCAUGCUCGGGGCACUGCGGGUGACGCGACGGAGACGCGGGAUGUCGGUGCCGCUGUUUUGUCGCCUGGCGGCGAGGAUCCUCAAGGCCCGCUCUUGGAGCUUCUUCCCUAUGCGCCGUCGCCGCUGAAGCGCCGGGGCGUGCGCGGCCUGGUGAACGUCUGUCGCCGCCUGCACACGCAGAAGCACCGCUUGGACGCCGUGGGGGUCUCGCUCGGGGUGCAUGGCCCGACGCUGCGGCAGGACGGCUCAACCUCCUCCAGCGCAGAGGCAAUGAUCGAGCGCGACAGGACGUACAUGAGUACCGUUCAGGCCUGCCGCUCCGUCCUCCCAGCCAUUCGUGCCGCCUUCAGCGACUACUACGCCACGGUGGGCAACGCGAUGCUGGGGAAGGCGCCCAACGCCACCACAGCGGCCCUCCUCGUCCUCGGCCGUCUUCUGGCGAGCGUCCUCCGCCUUUUUAUGCCUGAAGCCGCGGCAAGCAACGAGAUCGCCGCGCGUGGGAAGGGAUGCUUUAUUGGGACGGAGAGCAGCUGCCGUGAACGCGCAACCGCUGUCAGGACGAUUGUGGCCCGCUACGCCUCACGCGGGUUCACAAGUGGCGGGGGGUCUCCGUCCGACCAACACGACUGUCACGGGCUUUGUCUGGCGGAGGAGGUGCUGCAGCAGCUUCGGGUGCCGUUUUUCGCCGACACAAACCUUCUCCAACCGAGCACGGUGUGGGAGAUACUGGGUGAGGCCCCCAAGGUGGCCAACGCAAGCAAGAAGGAUGAGGCCCCCAGUGCCGCGGCGGCGGCGAUGCAGAGUAUGCGCCGCGGCUUUGACCAUGCCGUGGAGUUCCUGCGUGCGCUUGACGCCAUCGUUCAGUCCCGCCUACGCGAUGAGGCGGUGGCGUUUAGCCUGUCGAUGAGCCCCGAGCGCUUCCCGAGUUUUGCCUUGCAGGACGCAAGCGUAAGCUGCGGGGACGGGGAGGGUCGCGUCUGGACGAAGAGCCACUCGGAGGAUCCAAGGACGGAGUCGAGCGGCAGCGGUCAGGGCUCCGCGCGUCGCCCGCCGUUUCUCAUGGACGUGGGAACGCUGGCCGUCUGGUUGUCCGAGGAGCACAGCAAGGUCACGCUGCCUGCGGGGCAGUAUCCCGCCGUGUGGAGCUUUGGGCGGCUCCUGGGCUUUCUCGGUAAACGCCGCUUCAUGGAGCAGAUUUGGGACUUCUGCGUGUCCAGCUAUUGCGUGGUGCCCAGAUGCGUGCUCUCCGCCGGCAUCGACGACGGCGUCCCUGAGCAUCUGCAGGAGGGGUGGCGGACGAUCUGUCGGCAGUACACCGUGUUGGUGGCGGUGAUGGGGCCGCUGACGAGCCUCGUGACGGACCUCGCUGCCUUCGGCGACGAGGCGUGCUCCCGGUUCUUCAAGGACGCCGCGCCCGGUGGCCAGCGCAACCCGCUGCACCUGCGCAGGGGGGACUCCCCAGCGGCGUCGAUGCUCUCCAUCAACUCUCUCACGCACGAGCCUGACGAGCUGCACACGCGGGCGACAACCCACAGCAUGGGUGCUGGGAGCGACCAAAGGCCGUCACCGCAUGGCGAGGCCCUUCCUUCGGCAGCGCUGCCCUUGGGGAAUUUGGAAUUGUGUGGCAAUAACGCCUUCAAUUCCUUGGGGGGGCGUUGCGUGACGAUGAGGGCGAAACGCCUCAUUUUGCCUGGCGAGGAACUGCGUUACGAAGGCAAAUGCGUGCUGUCUGAAGACACAAACAGAGAGAUGUAUGUAAAAUGA